CUCGACACCCAUUCCUCGUAGUGGUCAUGGCCGCUGUCAUCUGUAUUUUCGGGCGUUCGAAGGAAGGCGUUACCGCGUCACAUCAGCUAGUUUAGCCCGCGGCCGGCUGGCACCGUUAAUUGAGUCAGGCUGCGGAAUCGCCGAAGCUUGGAACAUGACACGGCGGCAUCGUCCCUGACUGCGGCGUCGAUCGGCCGAAUGCCAUUGGAACGCGAUGCCACUCUUCAGAAGGAAGCCAGACAAGCCACAAGAUGCGGGUGAGCUCGGAGGUGAGGUGUAUGGUCGGCAGGUGUCGAGGCACGGCUCGCAGGCCAGCCUUCACAAUGGUGCUGUUCCUGCCGACGUCAGUUUGCUCGAGGACGCUGCACCCCCGCCACCGUCUCCUCUGCAGUCGGCGGAGGAGGAGUACGAGCCAAACCUGUGCGUGCGGACAAAGUCUCGCCUCUCGAAGACCCUCGACGAGGUGCUGCAGGAUGCCGGGGCGCUCGCCUACUUCAUCCAGUUUGCCGAGGAGCAGGGGGCCCGGCCCUUGGUCAAGUUCUGGAUGGAGGCUCAGAGCUUCCACGCCUCGUGCCUCCUUCGCCGCUCGUCGCAUCGAACCUCCAGCAAGGACUCGCCACUGCCCCACAGGACGCCCGUGAACGGAGAGAAGGUCGAAAGGGACGGAGAGCAGCAUUCGGCAGGCGACUGCCGUCCCGUGGGCUGCCGCGACGGGAACGAGUGCCCCAAAGCGACGGAACGUGGCGUUCCUCGUUGGCAGGCCGACCCCGGCCCUCUCGGUAACGGACACGAGGAGGACGUGGCCCGUUGCCGGGACAACGAGCAGUCAACGUCCGGAACUUCCCCGUGCCUAGGUUCGCAAAAGAACGCGUGCAAGAGUUCGCAAAGCCAGCGUCUUUCAUCGAGUCCACGUUUGGGUGCGGUAGCAGCGCCGGUGCCAUUUGGAACAGACCCUCUGCAAGCGGCAGACUCGUCUUCUGAGGAUUUGCCGCGAGCCUUUGCGGGGGGGUCUGGUGCACAUCCGUCGUCCGUGCAGUGCACAUGCCCUCGCGAGUGGGACCGUGCACCGAGCGUCGCUGCAAAAGGGAGUGCGGGUGAGACAUCCUGUGGGGUAGUGCCGCCACCGACGGGUGGCGAAGGUGAAGCGGGUGGUCACAGGGGCAGUGUGGGAGGUACGAACUCGAGGACAUUAUUCACUUGCAAUCUGAAUGGUGCACAGUCGUCCUCUCGGGAAGGGGACAACGUCGACGCGACGAGUGGCAAGACCCUCGACAGCCAGGACAUCUCGACGAGGACGACGCCGGGACGGCGCGACAGUCUGAGUCAAGAUGCCAUGCACAUAUACAACAUGUACAUUGCUCAAAACGCACCACUUCCGAUUGGGGUUCCAGAUGACCUGCGGUGCCGCAUUCAAGAUUCCGUGUCUCGAAACCCAGUUGAGCCGGAAUGCUUCUUUGAGGCACAGCAGUUUGCAGUGAACCAAAUGGAGAAAGACCUGUACCCAAGCUUCCUCCGGAGCCCCUACCACUGCAAGCACCAGGUGGACGUGCUCACGAGUGGGAACGUGUCGCUGGCCGACAUACUGUACAAUGAUUCAGCGCUUUUCUACUUCAUGGAGUUUAUGGAGCAGGAGCAGAGCCGGCACCUGGUGGACUUUCUGCUCAUGGCGGACAACUUUCGUAACCACCUGUUGGCCGAGGGAAGCUACAACCCGACACAGGCCCAGGACGAUGCCAUGGUCAUCUACGACAAGUACUUCUCGCUGCAGGCGACCAGCCCCCUGGGCUUCAGUGAUGCGGUGCGGCUGGAAGUGGAGCAGAACAUCUGCCGAGAGGAGGGCCCCCUGCCCUCGUGCUUCGACAAGCCCGUCAUGGUGCUCCUGCAAUACCUCGAGAAGAACCACCUGAAGUCCUUCCUGUCAAGCCAGCUGUACGUGAAGUUCAUAUCCGAGUGCAUUGUCACCAUCCAGACGGCACAGAGUGACACAGACUCCCUGCGGCGGAAGAAGCGCUCUGGCAGCGACAGCAGCAGCAGCGAUCUUUCCUCACUGGCCUCGCAACCAUCAGCGGCCCCGACGACCACCAACACGUUGCUGGCUGUGGAUGGCAGUGGCAAGUGGCUGCCGGGCACCCCGAGCACGCGCCGCAUAUUGCGUCACAUCGAGGGCAGCGACAUGAAGAUCGACUCGGGCCAGUUCAACCCAGAUGCCCUCUGGAAGCGCAGCCUGGCUGGGAAGCUCCAGAUGGCGCAUGUCGACCACUUGGGCAAGCUGACGACCGAGUUCGAGCCAGAGCCGGACAAAAAGACAGGUUCUAACCUCACCAAAGCAUUCAGAAAGCUAGUCAACUGGGAAGCAGACAAGACUGAAGAGGACAUGGCAUGGCAGGUUGCCGAGAUGAUAGUCAAGGACAUCUGCAGCGUCACGCUGUGUCCCGAUGCCACCUCACAGGACGUCGGAUAGGUCACACUUUGUCACAUUAUGCAAGUAGGCUUUGUUGUUUUUCUCCCUCUACCUCGGUGCUUCCACACAGCGUCGAUGUUGAGCAAAGAGUGCCAAGACCGGGGCGGACCUCGGCAGUCAGCGGAGUAGUCCUCGGGUGGGAAAAAAGCCCCGGCGCGUGCAAUCUCGGCCCUGAGGAAGAGUUCGGCCCCUGCACUGGAAAGAGGACUCACAGGGCUGAAGCGAGGGACGGGCCGGCAACCAACACAAUAAGGGACACACGUGCCUAGCGCCACUAGCCUGCGCUGCCUGUCGUUGUGAUAACAAGCUGGUGCUCGGCCACAAAAAGGGCGGCAGAUCAACGUUGUUUCUCCCUGCCAGCUUAUCUCGACAGCGGGCUGGCUUGCGUGCUUCUUCUAGAAAGAUGAAACAAUAAACUCCCGCCUCUCUCCCCUUUUUUU